CGGUGUGUACUCGGGGUAGAAAAGCGAACUGCGCAGCGCCUCCUGCUUCUGUCGGACAGAACUAAACGACAACAAGAUGGCUGACCGGCACGACUUGCCCUACCAGGCUGAGUACGCCAAGAGCAACCGUUCCACCUGCAAAGCAUGCAGAACUGGCAUCAAACAAGGCAACCUGAGAAUGGCAGUUAUGGUUCAGUCACCUGUAUUUGAUGGAAAGGUGCCAAACUGGUUCCAUUUUGCCUGCUUCUGGAAGAGAUCCCGUGUUUCUAACCAUCAAGAAAUACACAACUUUGACUCGUUACGUUGGGAAGACCAAAAGAAUAUCAAAGACAAAAUAGCAGGUGGGAGUGGUGGAAUUAACGAGAAAAGUGCUGCGGCUGGUGGCUCCGGACCUGCUGUUAGUGAUUUCAAAGCCGAGUAUGCAAAAUCAAACCGGAGCAAGUGUCGAGGCUGUGAAGAGAAAAUCGAUAAAGAUGCUUUACGCUUAUCAAAGAAAGAUUUUACGAGUGAAAGGGCAAAGAUGUAUGGCCCACAAGACACCUGGUACCAUGUUGACUGUUUUGUUAAAAACCGUGAUGAACUGGAAUUUGCAGACAAGAGUGUUGAUGACAUUGUUGGUUACAAAACUCUGAAAAAGGAAGAUCAGAAGGAAUUGGUGGAGAAAUUGGGCAAAGGGAGCAGCACCAGUAGCCGGAAGAGAAAGGAAGAUGACAAAUCUAAAGCAGAAGCCAAAAAACCCAAAAAAGAAACAGAAGAAGAGAAACAAAUGAAAGUACAAAACAAACUAUUGUGGGGCUUCCGGGAUAAAUUAGAGAAAGAAAUCUCUGUUGAAGCUCUGAAAGUUUUGUUGGAGUUAAACGAACAGGCAAUACCCUCAGGUGAGAGUAAGUUAUUAGAUUCUGUUUCUGACUGUAUGGCGUUUGGUGCCCUCGCAAAAUGCCCGGAGUGUCCCGAAGGAAAACUUACAUUCAAGAGUGAUGGUUACCGGUGUACAGGAAACAUAACAAGUUGGACGAAAUGUUUCUAUGUCACACGCACACCUAAACGUAAAGCAUUCAAGAUUCCAUCGGAGUAUCAUGAUGCAGAUGUCUUGAAGAAAUAUAAAUACAAGAAGCGAGAUCGUGUGUUUGCUGCUGAAACUGCAUCUUCAAAGGAAGGUCCUGUAAGUUCCGUGGAUGUCCUGGAUGGACUGCCAUCGAAACCAUUGAAAGGAUUGAAGUUUGCUAUUGUUGGAAACCUAGAUUUUUCAGAAGAACAGAUUACUCAGAACAUAAGUAAUAUGGGAGGUCAAAUUGUGACCACAAUCGAUAAGAACUUAGCUGCUUGCAUUAGCAAUAAAGAGUCGAUAACUAAACCAAAUAAGCAAAUAAAAGCUGCCAAAAAAGCUGGAGUCCAUGUUGUGAGUACAGCAUUUCUUGAGGAUGUGAAGAAAGGAGGAGUACUUUUAAUGAUCCAGAAACACAAUUUGGCUCCAUGGGGAGACGAUCCACAAAAAAGAAUAAUUGUGCCAUACGUUUCUAAAAGUGGAGCUAGCAAUCCUAGAAAUGAUACACAUUUUACGAAAAGCAUCCCAGAUAAGUUGAAGAUGAUGGUGAAAGGAGGAGCUGCUGUUGAUCCAGACUCAAAACUGGCAAAAACUGCUCAUGUUAUAGAAGAUGGUGGAGAUAUUUAUAACGCUGUACUAGGCUUAGUGGAUGUUACUUCUGGAACUAAUUCUUACUACAAACUCCAAGCCUUGGAAUCUGAUAAAAAAAGCGGUUGGUGGGUUUUUCGGUCGUGGGGCCGUGUUGGCACAACAAUUGGGAAUAACAAAAAAGAAUCAUUUAGUUACCGCGCUGCGGCCAUCCAGGAAUUUAAAGACUUGUAUUUCAAGAAAACCAACAAUCAUUGGUGGGAAAGGCAUAAUUUCCAGAAGUUUCCCAAUAAAUUUUAUCCUCUAGAUAUAGACUAUGGACAGGAUGAUGAUAAUAUAAAGAAAUUGGACUUGAGCAAAAGCACUUCCACAUUACACAAAUCCAUUCAAGAUCUUAUUUGUAUGAUUUUUGAUAUUGAAAGCAUGAAAAGGGCGAUGAUGGAGUUUGAGAUUGAUUUGAAAAAAAUGCCUCUUGGGAAAUUGUCUAAAAAGCAAAUAGAAUCUGCUUACAAAGUACUGAAUGAACUUACAGAGUUGGUUGAUAAGAAAAGUUCCGUAUCCUUGUUUUCGGAUGCUUCCAACCGUUUUUACACUUUAAUACCUCAUGACUUUGGUUUGAACAAACCCCCUCUAUUGGACACAAUUGAAAUAAUUAAGCAAAAAAUCGAAAUGUUGGAUAAUUUGUUGGAAAUUGAAGUUGCCUACAAUUUACUGAAAGGUGGGGAUGAUGGAAACGAUCGCAUGGAUGCAAUUGAUGCUCAUUACCAGAAACUCAAGACGGAUAUUGAGUACAUAGAAAGAUCCUCCGAAGAAUUUGAUCUAAUUACUAAAUAUGUGCAGAACACACAUGCAGUUACACACAACCAGUACGGACUGGAAGUUGUUGACGCAUACAGACUUGAACGACUUGGAGAAAAGGAACGUUUCCGUCCAUUUGAAGAAUUAGCAAAUCAUAAACUGCUUUGGCAUGGCUCUCGAGUUACCAACUUUGCUGGUAUUUUGUCACAAGGUCUGCGAGUAGCACCCCCAGAAGCACCAGUGACUGGUUAUAUGUUUGGUAAAGGCAUUUACUUUGCUGAUAUGGUAUCCAAAAGUGCAAACUAUUGUCACACAAGCAAAAAUGAUCCAGUGGGUUUGAUACUUCUGUGUGAUGUUGCCCUAGGAAGCAUGUAUGAGCUAACAUCUGCUAAUUAUGUAACAUCUUUGCCAAAGGGCAAACACAGCACUAAAGGCUGUGGUAGGACAGUUCCGGAUCCUAGCGGUCGACAGACAUUUGAUGGUGUUGAAAUCCCAAUGGGCAAAGGCGUUCCCUCGGAUAUCGACAACUCAAGUCUUUUGUACAAUGAAUAUAUCGUGUACGAUGUUGCUCAAGUGAAAAUCAAAUAUUUGCUUAGAUUGAAGUUUAACUACAAAUGGUGAACGUGCCUUUACAGAGAUGAAACCGAAAGAGAGAGAGAGAGAGACUGAAUAAAAGCUACAGAACUGACACCUUUUUAUCUACUUUGUUUUAAUCUGUGAUUUCUAAUAAAAGCAAAACCCCCUUUUCUCUGCCUUUGAUGAAACGGCUGUCUAGCACUGUUGCCAUAGACUGCUUUCUCAUCUGUUCUUACUCCAUGAUGGCAACUAUUAUGUUAAAUCUCAUUUGUGUUUCACAUACCACAUAAAACACUAUUUUAUACAGGAUUUUACUAAAUUUUUUUAUCUGAUUUUUAGUUAGUAUUUUCCUAUUUGUUGAAUUUUUUCCCCACCUCUCCAAACAUGUGACUUAUUUACUCUUAUUGUUAAAAACUACAGUGAUAGUGAAAGUUUAUUCAAUAAAUAGUCAACUAUUUUCUAAUUUCAAAGUAACUAUUUAGUUUAUGUUCGCCUUUCUGAUUCAUUCUUCUAUUUCAUAUUGUUGGUCAUAAUAAAUAUUAACUCAUGGAUGUGGCAGAAACAAAUUCAUAUUUCCCACCACUUUAAACACCUUUGUGAUUUUAGAUUAAUUGCUGCUAAUCUUUAACCCUUUAGUAUUAAGAUUACUCUGUCAGAUUUAAUGCCUAUUUAUCCAGGUUUUUUUUUUUUUAAUUAAUCCUACAUUAUCUCAUGGUUUUGAGAUUUCAGUGAUGUGAUUGCUUACUUUUAGAAUGAAAUUGUAAGAGACACAUGGAAGGCCGAAUCUGUCUAGUUCAAACAUAAAACAGGUAGAAUAUGUGGGCCCUGGUAGAAUAUAUGGCUAGUUAAGAUGCUGAAGGGUUAAGAUUCUUCAUUUUAUUCUAAUAAACUUCUGAAUGACCCUUCUUUGGAAGCAUUACAUCUAUUUAUAGACACAAAAAAUAUGAGUUCCUUUCAGUUGAUUUUGUUUUAAAUGUUAUCCCUCUCAACUCUUUAUUUUUGUUUUUAGCACAUUCCAAAUUAAUCUGAUACUCAUUGCUAAGUUGAAAGUUAAUCAAAAAAGUACUCUAUUAUAAUCAGAGUAAUAAAAUUAUGUUAACCCUUUUGUUACGGUAUUUCUGUUGAGAAGCUCUGUGUUUCUUUCAAUUGCUUUAAAUAUAACAAAGAAUUUAGUAAAAUAACUUAGUUAUCAUUCAGCUGGUGUUAGGAACAUAAAUUGUGACUAAGGUUUGGUGGGAGAUUUUAAUUGAAAACUUGUGAAAAACAAGACAUUUGUACUCAGAGCCAGAACUGGUUUCAGCCGGGUUGGUAAUGAAAGGGUUAAAGACAGUUUGUAAAAUCAAUGGAAUCUGUGGACUGAUAUCAUCCCAGGUGACAUUCAUUCUCGUAUGAAAGAUUUGAUCUUGAUACUCUAAUAAAUGAUUUAGAAAAGGAUACGGUUUAUUUAACUUUCUCCAAUGAAUAGUUUUUCCCCUGUUUUAAUUUUAGUACCAUUUUUCAUGGGGAGGGAGGUUUCUGUUGUUCUUUGUCCAGGUAUUGGACAGUGUUAUUAAAAAAAAAGGAAAUUACUAUUAGGUCAAAUGUCUUAUUCAGAAGAUCGUUAUAUAUUCUUCAUAACUUUCAAAGAACUCGUUUUGAUUUCUUUUUUCUUGUCUCCAAAAUAUUCCUUAAAAUGUUUCCUUUUGUGGAUAAUCCCUUGACAUAACUUGGAUACAUUUCUACCAUUACAUAAAUUUACUUCAAGACAUCACCAUCCUAAAAAAAAUCAUUUACUUUCAAAAUAUGCUUAUUUUAACCAAUAGUCAAGUGAUUUUUUUUUCCAUUCCAACUGUGCCUCAUUGUUGUAAAUUUAUCCAACUUUCUAAUAUUGUUUAAAACCAUUUAUAUUCAGGUUUUUCCUUGAUUAUUUUUUCCUCCCUCAUUUCGUUUUCAUUUGACCAUUUUCUCCUAUGCAAGUUGUUUUUAUUUUUUUACAUUUUUACUUGAAAGUAUUAGAGAUAAAUUUUCUUGUUAAUACUGCUAAAAGCUUUCUUGUUGGCCAUUCUGUGAUUAUGUUUAUUUUUGACAUCAUAUCACUUAAUCCCUAUGUUCACCUUUUUAUAUUUUAUAAUCAUAUGAAACAUCAGGAAUUUGUUGUAUAAUGUGUAUUCUCAUAGUUGAACAAAUAACCAUUUAUUCAUGACUUUACUCGGCUUCUGCCAUUGCAAGUGGUUGACAAGAAUUUAUGCUACCAGUGCUGGAUUUUUCAGGCUGCUGCUAGCUGUCAAAAUGCCGCUCCAUACCUCUGCAGUGGUCACCACAACUUGUGAAAGGGAAGUCGUUUUUGAAGAAUAAUUUUAUAUCAUGCAUGGGUUGUAUGAAACUGAUAAUAAAGAAUUUCUGUUGUAAUAAAAAAAAAA